CGUUCCCACAGCCGCCAGCGGAGCGUGCUGCCAUGGCGCUGGCUGGGCCCAGGACCCGGGACCCCAGGCCUCCGGCCCCUCUCUUGCUGCUGCCGCUGCUCUGGGCCCCUGCCCUCGCCCUCCUGGCCGGAACGGUGCCUCCGGAGACCCUGAGCACCUGUGCCUCAGACCCAUGUGCUCCAGGGACCCAGUGCCAGGUGACGGAGAGUGGUGGCUACACCUGUGAGCCCACGGAGCCCCAGGGCUGUGCCACCCAGCCAUGCCACCACGGCGCUCUGUGUGUGCCCCAGGGUCCAGAUCCCAACGGCUUCCGCUGCUACUGCGUGCCCGGGUUUCAGGGACCCCGCUGCGAGCUGGACAUCGAUGAGUGCGCGUCCCGGCCCUGCCACCACGGGGCCACAUGCCACAACCUGGCCGAUCGCUACGAGUGCCACUGCCCCCUCGGCUAUGCAGGCGUGACCUGUGAGGCGGAGGUGGACGAGUGCGCUUCAGCGCCCUGCCUGCACGGGGGCUCGUGCCUGGACGGCGUGGGCUCCUACCGCUGUGUGUGUGCGGCGGGCUACGGGGGCGCCAGCUGCCAGCUGGACCUGGACGAGUGCCAGAGCCAGCCGUGCGCGCACGGGGGCGUGUGUCACGACCUGGUCAACGGGUUCCGGUGCGACUGCACGGACACGGGCUACGAGGGCGCGCGCUGCGAGCAGGAGGUGCUGGAGUGCGCGUCGGAGCCCUGCGCCCACAACGCCUCCUGCCUCGAUGGCCUUGCGAGCUUCCGCUGCCUCUGCUGGCCAGGCUACAGCGGCGAGCAGUGCGAGGUGGAUGAGGACGAGUGUGCGGCGGACCCCUGCCAGCACGGGGGCCAGUGCCUGCAGCGCUCAGAUCCGGCCCUCUACGGGGGCGACCAGGCCACCUUUCCGGGCGCCUUCAGCUUCCGCCACGCUGCCGGCUUCCUGUGCCGCUGCCCCCCGGGCUUUGAGGGGGACGACUGUGGCGUGGAUGUGGACGAGUGUGCCUCAAGGCCGUGCUUCAAUGGAGGCCGCUGCCAGGACCUGCCCAGUGGCUUCCAGUGCCACUGUCCAGAUGGCUACACAGGCCUGACAUGUCAGGAAGAUGUGGACGAAUGCCUGUCGGAGCCCUGCCUCCAUGGUGGGACCUGCGAUGACACCGUGGCGGGCUACAUCUGCUGGUGCCCGGAGGCCUGGGGUGGGCAUGACUGUUCUGUGCAGCUCACUGGCUGCCAGAACCACACUUGCCCGCCGGCUGCCACCUGCAUCCCCACCUUCGAGUCUGGGGUCCACAGUUACACCUGCCACUGCCCACCUGGUACCCAUGGACCUUUCUGUGGCCAGAAUACCACCUUCUCCGUGGUGGCUGGGAGCUCUCUGCGGGCCUCGGUGCCAGCUGGUGGCCCCCUAGGGCUGGCACUGAGGUUUCGCACCACGCUACCGGCUGGUGCCUUGGCCACCCGCACUGACACCCAGGACAGCUUGGAGCUCAUGCUGGCGGGGGCCACGCUUCAGGCCACACUCUGGAGUCACGGCAACACUGUGCUUGUCCUGAGGCUGCUGGACCUGGCCCUCAAUGACGGCCACUGGCACCGAGUGGAGGUGACGCUCCGCCUAGGGGUCCUGGAGCUGCGGCUCUGGCACGAGAGCUGCCCUGCCCAGCUCUGUGUGGCCUCCAGUCCUGUGGCCCCGGCUCCUACAGCUUCCGUGGCCCCGACGCCUGUCGGGCUCCGCUCUGCCCAGCUGGGUGGCGCGGCCUUUGCAGGCUGCCUCCAGGACGUGCACGUGGACGGGCACCUCCUGCUGCCUGAGGAUCUCGGCGAGAACAUCCUUCUGGGCUGCGAGCGCCGUGAGCAGUGUCAGCCUCCGCCUUGUGCCCACGGAGGGACCUGCGUGGACCUGUGGACUCACUUCCAUUGCGACUGUCCCCGGCCUUAUAGUGGUCCCACAUGCGCUGAUGAGGUUCCUGCUGCCACCUUUGGCUUGGGGGGCACCCUGAGCUCUGCCUCCUUCUUGCUCGACCAGCUGCCAGGCCCCAACCUCACUGUGUCCUUCCUCCUGCGCACUCGGGAACCUGCUGGCCUGCUGCUCCAACUUGCCAACGACUCAGCUGCUGGCCUGACCGUGUUCCUGAGCGAGGGCCAGAUCUGGGCUGAGGCGCUGGGCAAUCCUGCUCUGGUGCUGCCCGGGCGCUGGGAUGACGGGCUCCGCCACCUGGUGACGCUCAGCUUCGGCCCUGACCAGCUGCAGGGCUUGGGGCAGCAGGUGCACGUGGGUGGGAGGCUCCUCCCUGCUGACGCCCAGCCCUGGGGUGGGCCCUUCCGAGGCUGCCUCCAGGACCUGCGACUCAAUGGCCUCCACCUCCCCUUCUUUCCGCUGCCACUGGGGAACUCAAGCCAGCCGGGGGAGCUGGGCAGCAGGCAGUCCUGGAACCUCACCAUGGGCUGCGUCUCCGAGGACACGUGCAGUCCUGACCCCUGUCUCAAUGGUGGGACUUGCCUUGUCACCUGGAACGACUUCCAUUGCACCUGCCCUGCCAAUGUCACGGGGCCCACGUGUGCCCAGCAGCUGUGGUGUCCUGGUCAGCCCUGCCUCCCGCCUGCCACCUGCGAGGAGGUCCCGGAUGGCUUUGUGUGUGUGGCCGAGGCCACGUUCCGCGAGGGACCCCCGGCCGCAUUCAGCGGGCACAACGCGUCGUCGGGGCGCUCGCUCGGCGGCCUCUCGGUCGCCUUCCGCACGCGGGACCGCGAGGCCGGGCUGCUGCGCGCGUCCGACGGCCGCUUCGAGUGCCGCUGCCCGCCUGGCUUCGCGGGCCCGCGCUGCAGGUCUGUCCUGCCAGAGGAGUGCGGCCUGAACUCCACCUGCCUCAGUGGUGGCCCGUGUGAGGGAGGGGCCCGGGGGACCAACUGCAGCUGCCAGCAGGGCUUUGCUGGCCAGAGGUGUCGGAUGCCCUGUGAAGCCAACCCCUGCUUGAAUGGGGGCACCUGCCGGGCCUCUGGCGGGGUGUAUGAAUGUCUCUGCAACGCAAGGUUCUCAGGCCAGUUCUGUGAAGUGGUGAAGGGCCUGCCGCUGCCGCUGCCGUUCCCGCUGCUGGAGGUGGUCGUGCCUGCAGCCUGCGCCUGCCUCCUCCUCCUUCUCUUGGGCCUCCUCUCAGGGAUCCUGGCGGCCAGAAAGCGCCGCCAGUCAGAGGGCACCUACAGCCCGAGCCAGCAGGAGGUGGCCGGGGCCCGGCUGGAGAUGGACAGUGUCCUCAAGGUGCCGCCCGAGGAGAGACUCAUCUAGGCCUGCGGCUGCUGGCUCCGGCACCCACGAGGUCCGGAACGGUUUCUCCUGGAAGACCCAGGAGGCCGCUUCUAGGAGCCUGCGGGGAAGGCUUGCCCCUUCCCGGCCUUGGGGAGCUGCUGCAGAGCCCGGGAUACCCACUGCGGAAGCGACCCCUUGGCUGGCAGCCCCAUCGUGGACUGAGGAAAAGGGGGCACUCAGGGAAGCAGAGAGGGGCCGGCGAGGUCGUG